UGCAACAGAAGUUUCAACAGAAUUCGAAUUAUCCCUUUCAGUCUUGGCUUUGUUUCGACUUUAUUAAUCUGGAAAGAAGAUGAAGUGCGGUCUUUUUAUCUUGUUUCUUAUCGUGGUACUGGCCUGCAAUGUGUACCAGACCAGUGGUAAUGGCUUGUCACAGCCUACAGGUCGUGGAGCAGACGUAGAUAGCGCUCUUGACGUAGAGGAAGCGCUUUUAAUAGGAAAUCCUGUUGACGUAGAGGAAUCUCUUCUAUUUGGAAAUUCUGUUGACGUAGAUGAAUCUCUUCUCAUUGGAAAUCCUGUUGACGUAGACGAAUCUCUUCUUAUUGGAAAUCCUGUUGACGUAGACGAAUCUCUUCUUAUUGGAAAUCCUGUUGACGUAGAUGAAUCUCUUCUUAUUGGAAAUCCUGUUGACGUAGACGAAUCGCUUCUUAUUGGAAAUCCUGUUGACGUAGAUGAAUCUCUUCUUAUUGGAAAUCCUGUUGACGUAGACGAAUCGCUUCUUAUUGGAAAUCCUGUUGACGUAGAUGAAUCUCUUCUUAUUGGAAAUCCUGUUGACGUAGAGGAAUCUCUUCUUAUUGGAAAUCAAUGAUCAGAGGGACCUUCUUGGUCGAUUUGACGUCAUAAUGAUGUGUAAACUCUCAUUACCAUUGUUACCACAAGAUGCAGUCACACCCCAACAGCAUAAUUUAGAUAUUCUUCUACAAUAUCAGCAACAUGGAGUAACACAAUUAGUUUCUGUACCGUGUAUCAGUUUUAAAUGAGAGCAUACGAGAAUGGACAUAAUACAAAAGACUUCCUUAUCCGUAGCUUAUUAAUUUCAGCUCUUCAUUUGAAAUAUGAGAUUCCUACACUGUAAAAACGUUUUCAAAAUGUUAAGCAACACUGUUUAAGCAAGUCACUCUAACAACUAUUGCUUAAACUUUUAAACUAUAAUAUUCAAACUUUCUAAAACAAAUUGUUUAAAAUUUUAAACAAUAGUUGUAUGAGUGACAGGCUUAAACAACGUUGCCUAACAUAUUUAACUAUGUUUUAAAGUGUAAGCUUGAAUCCUGUUCUCUGUGUAUAAAAAAUAAAAAUCACCAUUGUAUACCUUGUAUAGAAAAUGUCCUUUUGUUCAUUUCAAAACAAGCCAUUGAUUUCGAAAGACUAAUAUUUUCCAAUGUCCGAUGAUGAUUGUCAAUAAUUACCCAAAUAUUAUCGGACAGGUUAAAGUGUAUUUUACCAUGGUAAUUGGAAGAAUGUAUGCAUUGCCAUUGGAUCCAGUAAGCCCCAAAGACUGAUGCUAGAAACGAUCUUAGGAUGUCUUAGCCAUGUAGACUCAAAAGUACCCAUGUCCCUUCAGGGUUGAUAAUGUAUUGAAAUCUGAGUUUGGUCAUCAUUACCAUUUUAACAAUAUAAUGAAUAGUGAUAUUUACUCAUUUUAUUGAGGUUUAUGUUUUGCUCAGUACUAGUGUAUUCACGUUUCCAUCUAAAGCUGAUACAUCUGAUUUUGCAUGAUGAAGUAUAUAUGUAUAUAAAUAGGAAAAACAAUAUGUAUUGUAUGAAUAACCACCGUAUACCUCGAAAGAAAUAAUAACUUAUUAUAGUUGCAAUGUGUUUCAUAAUGGGAAGUAUUUUAAUGUCAAAAGAGAUGAUAUGCGACAAACCAAGAUUUUUCUUUGAUUUUGAAAAUUAAAUUUGUUGAGCAGGUCCAUCACUCUA